AUGAGUCUUCCGAGCUGGCAAACACUCGGCCAAGCCAAAUGCCAGGCAAUUCUGAAUGCCAUCCCGGAAAAGUGGCGGUUGGAGCAUCCUCUGCCGCCUGACGAAGAGCUACGCGAUGUCACAGGAGACUAUAUCCGACAAUUCCUCACCCAGCGUGAGAUCGAGAUAACAGAGAAAGACGCUGUAGACAUCGUGGCCCAAACAUCCACCGGCCGCUGGUCAGCCCUCGAAGUAACAGAAGCCUUCUGUCACCGAGCCGCACUAGCCCACCAAUUCGUCAACUGUCUCCACGAAGUAUUCUUCGAAUCAGCAAUCGAAGCCGCCAAAGAACAAGAUGCAUAUUUCGCAACCCACAACACCCCAAAGGGUCCCCUCCACGGCCUCCCAAUAAGCCUCAAAGACCAAUUCCACAUCAAAGACGUCGAAACAACAAUGGGCUACGUCGGCUGGAUAAACACCUUUGAAGGCAAACCAAUCGACCCCAACACCACCAAAAAAGAAAGCGAACUCGUCCGCGAACUGCGCGCCCUCGGCGCAAUCCUCUACUGCAAAACCAGCGUCCCAGCUACCCUAAUGGCCGGCGAAACCGUCAACAACAUAAUCGGUUACACCUGGAACCCCAAGAACCGUCUCCUCUCCAGCGGCGGCAGCUCCGGCGGCGAGGGCGCUCUGAUCGCUCUGCGCGGGUCGCCUGCUGGCUUCGGGACUGAUAUCGGAGGCAGUGUGCGCAUCCCGGCUGGGUUCAAUGGGAUCUAUGGGCUUCGGCCUUCGGCGGGGAGAAUUCCGUACCAGGGUGCUGCGAAUUCGCUGGAUGGUCAGGGGUGUAUUUUGUCUGUUGUUGGGCCUAUGGCAGCAACUGCGAGGUCUUUGACUUUGUUGGUUAAAGCGGUUUUGGGAAUGCAGCCUUGGACGCGUGAUCCUCUUGCGUUGGAGUUGCCGUGGCGGGAGGAGGUUGUGGAACAGACUAGGGGGUUGAUUGAGAGGGCUAGGAGCGGGUCGUCUGACUCUGUGCUUGCCUUUGGUCUCAUGAAGUAUGAUGGGAUUGAUAGGGUCCAUCCACCUAUUGCGCGGGGAAUGAGAAUUGUCGAGCAGACGCUCCAGCGAUUAGGGCAUAAGAUUAUUGAGUGGAAGCCCCCUUCUCACCGGACUGCUGUUGAGAUAUUCGCGAAGGUAUUCGACAUGGACGGCGGAGCAGAUGCCAAGCAUCAUUUCGGUCUCUCUGGCGAACCGCGGCCUGAACAGAUAAUCGGUUCUCAGAGCGGAAUUCAAAUGACAGCAUCUGAGAUCGCGGCGUUGAACGUCGCGAAGCGCGAGUAUCAGAAACAGUACCUGGAUUACUGGCAGAGUACGGCCGAGUUGACGGGCACGGGACGACCCGUUGAUGGACUGUUUUGUCCGUUGGCGGCUCAUGCGGCCGUUUUUCCGUAUGAGUACAAGUCUGUUGCUUAUACUGCGUUUGUGAAUGUGUUGGACUAUACCAGUCUGGCGAUUCCGGUUACCUUUGCGGAUCAGAACGUUGAUGUUGAUCCGGCUGAUAGUUCUGACCGUAGGCACUUGGAUUAUUAUGCUGAGAUUUAUGAUGGGGCUCCGGUUGGUGUGCAGCUGGUGGGUAGGAGGCUGCAGGAGGAGAAGAUGUUGACGCUUGCUGAAUAUCUCGGUGAUGAGAUUGCUCGGGAUGUGAAAGAGGGCCCUAGAGAGCUCGGCUUCUGUGUCUAUUGCUAUGGUUAUCACGUUACUGUGGAAGGAGAUGCUCGAGCUAAGUGCCGCGCCUAUAAAACCUGA